AAGCUCGCCGGACGUACCAUCUUUGUUACCGGUGCGUCGAGGGGAAUUGGAAAGAGCAUUGCCUUGAAAGCUGCGAGAGAUGGGGCAAAUAUUGUCGUCGCAGCCAAGACCGCGGAACCGCAUUCGAAAUUACCAGGCACUGUCUAUACUGCUGCUGAAGAAAUCGAGCAAGCAGGUGGAAAAGCGUUGCCUUGCGUCGUUGACGUCAGAGACGAAGCGCGAGUAGUUUCUGCGGUGGAGAAUGCCGUCCAAAAGUUUGGUGGUAUCGACGUCGUUGUCAACAACGCGAGUGCGAUAUCCUUGACAGGCACGGAAUCCACGGACAUGAAAAAGUACGACCUUAUGAAUGACGUCAACGCCAGGGGAACUUUUCUGACGUGCUUGCCCUACUUGAAGAAGAGCAAAAAUCCUCAUAUAGUGAAUAUCAGCCCUCCGUUGAGCAUGAAACCGAUAUGGUUCAAGAAUCACGUUGCGUAUACGAUAGCUAAAUAUGGGAUGUCGAUGUGCGCUCUCGGCAUGGCUGAAGAAUUUAAGGACAGUGGCAUUGCUGUAAACACCGUGUGGCCAAGGACAGCUAUUUAUACUGCCGCAGUUGCGAUGCUAUCCGGCGCCGAAUCGAGCAAUUAUAGCCGUAAACCCGAGAUAAUGGCAGAUGCCGUGUACGCUUUGAUUUGCAAAGAUGGUAAAUCUGUCACUGGACAGUUUCUCAUCGACGAGGAGAUAUUGAGGAACGAAGGAAUUACCGAUUUCGCGGAUUACGCGUGUGAUCCAGAGAAUAAAGACAACUUGAUGCUGGAUUUCUUCGUGGAUGAAAAUUUAAGGGCGCUAGGUUCGCGAGAUCGUACGUUGCACGAAGCGACGCGAAAAGAUUUGCAGAGUGCCGACGAGUCGAACGAAAAAAUUGCGCGAAUAUUCAAAGUUGUUCGAGCAAACUUGAACAGCGAUCUUGUUGACGAAACAGGGGCCAUAUUUCAGUUCAACGUUAAAGGUAUGAGACGUAAGCUCGAGGUAAGAUACCGUAUCUUUCCGGAACCGUAUCGAUUGAUGCGACGGUUGACAGGUAACGAAGCUGGUACGUGGUUUUUGGAUCUGAAAACUGGCAAAGGUUCGGCAGGUAGAGGAGAACCUGGACGAUCGCCAGAUGCUACGCUGACGAUGGAUUCUGAUAACUUUUUUGCCAUGUUUUCCGGAAAAUUGAAGCCAACGUCGGCGUUUGUAAUGGGAAAGUUGCGAAUUAGCGGAGAUCUUCGGAAAGUGAUGAAGCUGGAAAAAUUGAUGAAUCUUUUAAAGUCUAAACUU